GAGAGAAAGUGCGUGUUUUGGAUUGCCCGUCCCGUUUUGUGUUCCUCGUCAUAUCUUCAAGAGACAGAGAGGAAGGGGAGCAAUUAAUAUUGAAGAGAAAGGAAUUUCAUCGCUGUUGGAUUUUCAGAGGAUCGGAGCUAGGGCUUUUUUAAUUUCCCCCUAGAAUGAAGAUUCAGAAUGCGAAUUGUUGAGAAUUCGAGCUCCGAUCUUAUUGCGAACUUUUGAACUUUAGGGUUUUUCGGCAAGAAUGGACGUGGAUUCGGCUACGACCGCCGAUGCCGAUCACGAUCCGUCGGAGGAGCCCGUCGCUGCUAAUGGUGCCGUCCGUCUCUCCGAAUCGCAAUCUUCGUUGCCUCUGCAACAGCAGCAAGAAAAUAGUGAUAUGAACAAUAGUGAUAGUGUCGACGGUGGUGGUGGUGGUGGAGGAGGGGUGGUGGCCGGACCACGCUGUGCGCCGAGUUAUAGUGUGGUGAACGCUUUAAUGGAUAAGAAGGAGGAUGGCCCUGGGCCGCGAUGUGGUCACACGCUGACAGCUGUCCCUGCUGUUGGGGAGGAGGGGAAUCCUGGGUAUAUUGGCCCGAGGUUAAUUCUGUUUGGAGGGGCAACGGCUCUAGAAGGAAAUUCUGCUGCAUCAGGAACUCCCACUUCUGCCGGAAGCGCCGGAAUUCGCUUGGCAGGGGCUACUGCCGAUGUGCAUUGUUAUGAUGCGUUGACAAACAAAUGGACUAGAGUUACCCCAAUUGGAGAACCACCCACACCUAGAGCAGCCCACGUGGCAACUGCUGUAGGUACCAUGGUUGUUAUUCAGGGUGGGAUUGGUCCAGCUGGUUUGUCUGCUGAAGAUCUUCAUGUUCUUGACCUUACACAGCAACGUCCAAGAUGGCAUAGGGUUGUGGUCCAUGGUCCUGGUCCAGGGCCACGAUAUGGGCAUGUCAUGGCUUUGGUUGGACAACGGUAUCUCAUCGCAAUUGGUGGAAAUGAUGGAAAGCGGCCUUUAGCGGAUGUUUGGGCAUUGGACACUGCUGCAAAGCCAUAUGAAUGGCGGAAACUUGAACCGGAGGGCGAAGGUCCUCCUCCAUGCAUGUAUGCAACUGCAAGUGCACGCUCAGAUGGUCUUCUUCUGCUAUGUGGUGGGAGGGAUGCGAAUAGUGUGGUAAUGAGAUACCAAACAUUUUUCCUCAUGCAUAUUAUAAGUCUUAUCCACAUUCAUUUGACUCGGCUUUACAUAGUUUGCAUUGCCCGUGGUACUGGGAUGGGGAGGGUAGUUUCAGGUCAAGGGUUCAAUUUCCUUUGGGCAGCUGCUGCAGCUGCUGCAUCUAAUUUGGAUCAAGGGAGGUUACAGGGCAGAUAUGGAUUUACCGAUGACAGAACCAGGGCAUCUAUACCUGAUCCUGCUGCUGAUGGUGCAGUUGUGGUAGGAAGUCCGGUUGCUCCCCCUGUAAAUGGCGAUAUUUAUACAGAUAUAAGCACAGAAAAUGCGAUGCUCCAAGGUUCCAGAGCACUCAGCAAAGGUGUCGAGUACUUAGUUGAGGCAUCUGCAGCUGAAGCUGAGGCUAUUACUGCUGCAUUAGCAGCUGCUAAAGCUCGACGAGUUAAUGGAGAAGUUGAGCUGCCAGACAGAGAUCGUGGGGCAGAGGCAACAUCAAGUGGAAAACAAAUUUCUACGCAGAUCAAACCUGAUUCUGCUGCGCCAAAUAAUUCUGUCCCAGCUGGAGUUCGGCUACACCAUCGUGCUGUCGUUGUAGCUGCAGAGACUGGUGGUGCUUUAGGCGGUAUGGUCAGACAGCUUUCAAUUGACCAAUUCGAAAAUGAAGGCAGACGGGUCAGCUAUGGAACUCCAGAAAGUGCAACAGCCGCUAGGAAACUUUUAGAUCGACAGAUGUCAAUACAUAGUGUGGCUAAGAAGGUUAUAGCUCAUCUUCUGAAACCUCGUGGUUGGAAGCCUCCAGUUCGUAGACAAUUUUUCUUGGAUUGCAAUGAGAUCGCUGAUCUUUGUGACUGUGCUGAAAGAAUAUUUGCAAGUGAACCUAGUGUACUACAGCUGAAGGCUCCCAUUAAGAUAUUUGGUGAUUUACACGGUCAGUUUGGAGAUCUUAUGCGCCUUUUUGACGAGUAUGGAUCACCUUCUACUGCAGGGGAUAUAGCAUAUAUUGAUUACCUCUUCUUGGGAGAUUAUGUUGAUCGUGGCCAGCACAGUAUGGAAACAAUCAGUCUUCUCCUUGCUUUGAAGGUCGAACACCCACAUCAAGUACAUUUAAUCCGCGGUAAUCAUGAAGCUGCAGAUAUCAAUGCUCUGUUUGGCUUUCGAAUUGAGUGCAUUGAGCGUAUGGGGGAGAGAGAUGGAAUAUGGACAUGGCACCGAAUAAACAGAUUGUUCAACUGGCUUCCUCUGGCUGCAUUAAUUGAGAAAAAAAUUAUAUGUAUGCAUGGUGGUAUUGGGAGAUCAAUAAACCAUGUAGAACAGAUUGAAAAUAUUCAGCGUCCAAUUGCUAUGGAAGCGGGAUCGAUUGUUCUUAUGGACCUGUUGUGGUCUGAUCCCACUGAAAAUGACAGUGUAGAAGGAUUGCGUCCAAAUGCAAGAGGUCCUGGGUUAGUAACCUUUGGGCCUGAUCGUGUGAUGGAAUUCUGCAACAACAAUGACCUUCAGUUGAUAGUUCGAGCACAUGAAUGCGUAAUGGAUGGAUUCGAAAGAUUUGCUCAGGGACAUUUAAUUACUCUCUUUUCAGCCACAAACUAUUGCGGUACCGCAAAUAACGCUGGUGCUAUCUUGGUUUUGGGUAGAGAUUUAGUGGUUGUACCAAAACUCAUUCAUCCAUUGCCCCCUGCAAUUUCCUCUCCAGAAACAUCUCCUGAACGCCUUAUCGAAGACACGUGGAUGCAGGAGCUCAAUGCUAAUCGGCCACCUACACCUACUAGAGGCCGUCCUCAAGUUACUAAUGACCGAGGUUCUCUAGCUUGGAUUUAGAUUAAAUCCGGAUUAGUUUCUAGAUCCUUCGUCGAGGCUUGUGCUGAACUGUCCAGUGAUUUGUAUAUAGCACGAUUCCACAUAGGCUUGAAGAGGCAUUAUACACUUGAGAAGCCUUUGGAAAAUGAGAAUGAAAAGGCGUAUACUUGGGUUAAUGGAUUUCUGAAAGAUGUCCUCUGUACAUGAGAAACAGGUAGUCAGUCAGUGUUAUCAUUACUUUCUUGAGGCGUUUUUUUUCUUAGUUUGCGUUUUUUUUUUGGGCUUCAUUUUAAGUAUAUUUUUUCUUAGUCUCUAUUUUUAAGAUGACUUGUGAAGGACCAUACACGAUUGGUCAGAUUAUAACGAGUCGGUUUUUUUUUUUGGUGGUUCCAUGUAUAAUAGAGGGUGUUUGCCUUUGUGUAAAAUUUGUGUUUUUUUAUGUAUGAUGUAACUAUUGCGUGAUGAUUAGAAGCCGUCUUCCAUUAGCAUUGGCUGGUGUUUUUCAUUUGGACACUGUAUAUGUAUUGAGCUUCACAUAGAGAUGAAUCCCGAGUUUUUUGAAUAUAUUAAUUAUUAUAAAUUAUC